AUGGCCAGAAGCAGCUCUGUCCCCCGGCCCGGUGGUACCGAUUUAUCAUGUAGCCGCUCGUCUGUAACGUCAGUCAAAGAGAGCAAGAAAAACCCUUCCAUCCCGUCGGCUGAUCUUUCCAGAGAGGUCGGGGCACUUGGAUCCAUCACAGCUGUCACAAUCGUCUUGAAAGUCGGCUCCUCAACUUAUUACGGCCUCGUGCCGGCUAGUCGUCCAAGGGUGUAUAGCCGCUUGUCUGUGCCUCUUCUCUGUUGGCCUCACAGAGCCGACGGGCCUUUGCACUUAUGGCGAAUACUUGAAACGGCCUUGGGCUACUUCUACAAAUAA